UUUUCCUUCACUGAAUCAUCUGUGCUCCUGGCCAUGGCCCUUGACCGGUAUGUGGCCAUCUGCCACCCUCUGCGAUAUGCAACCAUUCUUACCCCAAAGCUUAUUGCCAAGAUUGGGAUUGCAGCUCUGCUCAGGAGUUCCAUCUUGAUAAUUCCACUUAUGGCACGCCUAGCUUUCUUUCCCUUCUGCCGCUCCCAUGUUCUUUCUCAUUCCUAUUGUCUGCACCAGGACAUGAUCCGCCUCGCCUGUGCUGACAUCAGAUUCAAUGUCAUAUAUGGGCUAGUCCUCAUUACUUUGCUGUGGGGCAUGGACUCCUUGGGCAUUUUUGUAUCAUAUAUUUUUAUCCUUCUCUCAGUGUUAAAAAUUGCAUCUCGUGAGGGUAGGCUGAAGGCUCUCAAUACAUGUGCAUCCCACAUCUGUGCUGUGCUCAUUCUGUAUGUGCCCAUGAUAGGGUUAUCCAUCGUCCAUCGUUUUGCCAAGCAUUCUUCUCCUCUCAUUCACAUCUUCAUGGCUCAUAUCUACUUAAUGGUGCCACCAGUGCUUAACCCCAUCAUCUAUAGCGUGAAGACCAAGCAGAUCCGCCAAGGAAUCCUCCAUCUCAUUUGUUCUCCCAAAAUCAGUUCUAUCGCAAUGUAG